GGGAGGCGGCCGGCCCGGCGCGGCUCGGCUCGGCUCGGCUCGGCAGCAUGUCGGGGCCGAGCGCCGUGUCGGACCCCCAGCACCCGGCGCGGCUGCUGCGGGCCCUCAGCUCCUUCCGUGAGGAGAGCCGCUUCUGCGACGCGCACCUGGUGCUGGAGGGGGAGGAGAUCCCGGUGCAGAAGAACAUCCUGGCGGCCGCCAGCCCCUACAUCAGAACGAAGUUGAAUUAUAAUCCUCCAAAGGAUGAUGGCUCAACGUACAAGAUUGAACUUGAAGGGAUAUCUGUUGAUAUCAUGAAAGAGAUAUUAGAUUACAUCUUCAGUGGGCAGAUCAGGCUAAAUGAAGAAACUAUCCAAGAUGUGGUACAGGCAGCUGAUCUCCUGCUGCUUACAGACUUAAAAACUCUCUGCUGUGAGUUUUUAGAAGGUUGCAUAGCUGCUGAGAACUGUAUUGGUAUUCGGGACUUUGCACUGCACUAUUGUUUGCAUCAUGUUCACUACCUUGCCUCAGAGUAUCUGGAAACUCACUUUCGAGAUGUCAGCAGCACAGAGGAAUUCUUGGAACUGACUCCUCAAAAACUGAAAGAAGUGCUGUCGAUGGAAAAGCUCAAUGUUGGAAACGAAAGAUACGUCUUUGAAGCGGUGAUUAGGUGGAUUUCUCAUGAUUCAGAAUCAAGAAAGGUUCACAUGAAGGAUGUCAUGUCAGCAGUGUGGGUUUCGGGCUUAGAUGCAGCGUAUUUACGUGAGCAGAUGAUGAGCGAACCACUGGUACGGGAGAUUGUCAAGGAAUGCAACAAUAUUCCCCUCACGCCGCCGCAGCAGGGAGAGGCGAUGCUGGCCUCCUUCAAGCCCCGGGGUUACUCGGAGUGUAUAGUGACUGUUGGGGGAGAAGAGCGAGUAUCACGGAAACCAACCUCAGUGAUGCGGUGUAUGUGUCCUCUUUAUGAUCCCAAUAGACAGCUCUGGAUUGAACUUGCUCCUAUGAGUAUUCCAAGGAUCAAUCAUGGAGUAUUGUCAGCAGAAGGAUUUUUAUUUGUGCUUGGUGGUCAGGAUGAAAACAAGGGAACGCUGAGCUCUGGAGAGAAGUACGAUCCAGACACCAAUUCAUGGAGUUCCUUACCACCAAUGAAUGAGGCACGACAUAAUUUUGGUGUGGUAGAGAUUGAUGGAAUUCUGUAUAUCCUGGGAGGGGAGGACGGUGAAAGGGAGCUAAUCUCUAUGGAGAGCUAUGAUAUUUAUAGCCGGACCUGGACCAAGCAGCCAGACUUGACCAUGGUUAGGAAGAUUGGCUGCUAUGCAGCUAUGAAGAAGAAAAUCUAUGCAAUGGGUGGAGGCUCCUACGGAAAACUCUUUGAAUCUGUUGAGUGUUAUGACCCUAGGACUCAGCAGUGGACAGCAAUCUGUCCUCUGAAAGAGAGAAGAUUUGGGGCAGUGGCCUGUGGAGUUGCCUCUGAGCUUUAUGUAUUUGGUGGGGUUAGGAGUCGUGAUGACAGUCAAGCCAGUGAGAUGGUGACGUGCAAAUCUGAAUUUUAUCAUGAUGAAUUUAAAAGGUGGAUUUAUCUAAAUGACCAGAACCUAUGUAUCCCAACUAGUUCGUCCUUUGUGUAUGGAGCUGUGCCCAUUGGAGCCAGCAUAUAUGUGAUUGGAGAUCUCGAUACAGGUACAAAUUAUGACUAUGUUAGAGAAUUUAAAAGAAGCACGGGAACCUGGCAGCGCACUAAGCCACUGUUUCCAUCGGACCUCCGCCGUACUGGCUGUGCAGCUUUGCGGAUUGCAAACUGCAAGCUCUUUCGACUGCAGCUUCAACAAGGAUUAUUCCGCAUUCGCGUACCUUCUCCGUGAUCCGUAUGCUGACAGUGGAGGAGACUGGAAGAAUUCUGCGCAGUCCACCAUAAUAUAGCUCUAUAUAAAGGAAAAGCUGAGAAAUUACAGCUGAAACUUACACUGUAUGCUGUGCUUUGGUAUGGUAACUGUUUUUGUUUUAAAUGCUUAAAAAGCUUGAGUCUCAGUUCUUGUUUCGGGAACAAAUAACUUAAGUAUACAUUAAAAAGAAGAGAGGGGGGAAAAUAAAAGGGGGGAUCAAGGAAACACCUUCAAUUGUAACCAUUUGGAGUCUAAACCAUGCUAUUGAAGGAGGUUUUUUGUGUCUGAAAGUGGUGAGAAGUGGUAUUCCUUUGGCGAAGUUUAUUGAAAAGCAAAAAAGAUUUAAGAUGUGUUUCCCCUGAGGGGAACUGAUAAGAAUAAAGGUGCUAUCUUGGACUGGAUAGCUAUAAUACACAGAAGCUAUAUGAUAACCAACCUCCCUGGUAUACUGCAAAGACUGUUGUUUGACCGUAAUGCCAUAGGAGAUGUUGGUUGUUGCACCUUUUAUUUCUAGUCCUUCCUCAGAAGUUAGGGUCUGUGCCUAAAAAUGGUGGAGGUGUGUACAUAUGGUUUUUCAUUCAUUUGCAAUGUUUUCAUUCCUACAAAUAUUUUUAAUAUAUUUAAAAUGGACUAACCUGAAAUGGAUACAGUAUACUACAGAAAAGUAAACUUUUUUCUAUGCUGUCAUUUGAAUAGCCUGAUGAACUGGUGUGCAGAUGGGUGGCGUGCGUUUCUGUGUGGGCUUCGGUGGCUGUUUCCUUGAAGUAGAAUGGGAAACGGUGUUUAGAAUGGUUAAUGAUGAUUGCUGCUUUUGGUGAAGGACAACAACUCGACAAAGUAAAGAAAAUAGGUUGUGUUCCUUUUUACUUCGGAUCUGUUGCAAACUAAGAAUGGUUUUUAAGACUGAGCAUUAUAGAAAGGUGUGUUUUAUCUCUCUCAGAAUAGAAGUGAAACACGACAAGGAUACGUUUGUUUUGCAGAAACCAUGAUUUUUAGACUAAGAGUUAAGGAAAAUUUGUUCAGUGACUUUAAUUUGGGAUCAAAAGUUGGUUUACUAAUGAUUUUCGUGCUAAGGUACAGUCUUGUUUACUGCUGUCUGACUUUGAAAGCUGGGGUUUAUGGUGUGAUUAUUGUGAAGAAUUUAGUAUCUUGCAAUUUAUUUCUUACUAAGUCUUGUUCUCAUCAGUAGCAAUAUUUAAUUGACUUUUGUUCGUAGUCAAUAUCAGCUGGUAGAACACUUUUACCUCAAUUUUUGAUUUCAUUAUUCUUGUGAGGGGUGGGACAUAACCUGUAUUUAUUUGAAAAGAAUAAAAUGAGAGAGAUGGAAAUAGAACUAAGACCUCCUGCCCUUCAGAAAAAGAGACUUUGUAUAACCAGUAUUAUGACUACAUACAAUACUUACCACUCUGCAACUCUGUGGACCUCAGACAAACCAAUCUCUGCCCUCGGUUGCGUUAGCCUAAACCUUCAUCAUCUUUAUUGAAUCGGUUUAGGUAUGCUGAAAUAGAAUCCCAAAUUAGUACAAAAUAGUUAUAUUUCACUAAAUAUUCCUUGAAGAGAUGUUCUGAAACUUACUUCUGCUCAGUCCUUCCAUAGCACUGAUGUGUGGUUGGAAUUACUCUGAUUCUGAGCAAAGGGGUGGGAAGAAAAAAAGGGCAGCAUCCAAUCCACUGACCAUUAUUUAUUUUUUUUAUUUUUUACAAUGCUGAAGUGCUGCAAAACUUGAAUUAUAUACAUCAACUUUCUGACCUAUAUUAGUUGGCAUAUCAAAAAGUUUAUAUAUUUAUGCAUUGCAGUAAACUUGGUGUGUGUGUGUGUGUGUGUGUGUGUGUGUAUAUAUAUGUCUUUAGAUUUUAAAUUUAUAUAUAAUGCUUUACUAAAGAAAUGUGAACCACUCUUUCCAUCCUUGGCUGUCUUGUGAAAUAAAUCAAGUGCUGUUAGUUUAUCUGUAAAACUUCCCAGUUUUGAAAAUCUUCAAUUGUUCAAUAUUUUUUCUUAGACAAAGUGCCAAGAUCCCAUAUUCAAAAGUGAUGAGUGUUUCUAAGUAUCUAUUUCACUUUUGAGCUCAGUUUUCUAAGUGGCUUAGAAAACUUUUGAAAAUGUUAUUCAGAAUAUUGCAGGCUGCUAUCUCUUGAGUCCCUGUAGCUUCCCAGUAUACUUGAGGGCAUUCAGCAUCCAGAAAACCUAAGUAACAAAUGCACAUAAAUCCAAAUCAUAUAUACUCUAUCAGUGUUUUGCCGUUAAUGAACCAGAUGUUUACAUGUAAAGUAGGAUUAACAGUAGGUUUUCUGUUGUUGUGGUUUUUUUGUUUUGUUUUUUUUUUUUUUAAAAAAACAGAAAUAAAACAAGCCUGCUGUCAUUUAGAGCAUGUUGCAAAUGCACUUGGUGAGAUAUAAGCAAGAAGUUUGAGCCUCUUCACCUGAAACAGUUACAAACUUAAUUUCCUAACAGGCGUGUACUCCUGUCAGUUCCUGGGCAGUUGGCAGCCAGGGACCAAGUCUCUGGAGACCCUGUCUCCUGGAGUUUCGGGGAUGUGCUCAAGCCGAAGAUUUAAGCACUCCUGAGAUCUCAAAACUGGCUUCCUUGGCCUUGCUUCAAGGGGAUGGGGAUCAUUCCCCACCUGCCUUGCCUGUGGGGCCGAUCCGGGAGGUGCGCUAGCCUCUGUGUGUGUGCGGGAGGGAAGGGGUGCGUCUUUCGGGGUCUGACUUGUCUGUCUGUCCAGUUUUGAGCGGCAAGCCCGGUGAGGAGUGCCUCUCUUGGGAUGUGCAGUAACCAGGCUCGACUGCCUCCCAGUUUGGAGCAAGGCUUUGAAGGCAAGGCUCUGCUUUCUCCAGGGAGAGCCUGGUUGUAGAGGUGAUGAGUGGGGGAGAUGACCUCUGACUUGGGAAGGAGAUGGUCGACUUCAGUAGAGGAGGGAGGCUUUGGUACCAGAGGCGCUGAGUGGAGGGGGGUCACCAGGUUACUGAGCGUGUCGAACAUGCAGACACCUACUGAUUGAACUGGGUUCACUGGUACAUGCCAUCACCCCAGCUGUCCCUGCUUCCCUGAUGGCCGCGUACCCCUGCAUAUGCUGGCUGAACCACACGGGAAGCAACUCGUGAAUUUGCUCAGUUGGUAAUCCAGGGGGUUUAGGUGGUUUGGCAAUUUAGAAACUUGUUUAAGUUGUCCUUGCCUGGCCCAGUAGCCUUAAUUCCUUCCCGCUCAUGAAAGACCAAUGUCUGUGUCACUGAAGAGUGCCGCUGAUUUGGUGCCCAGCACACCCUGAAUCAGGGCUGGGUCCUUGGUGUGUGGCUCUCAGGUGGUUGCAUCUUGAGUCAAGCUCAGCACAGUCCCAAACGAGGACUGGCUGGGACAUGUUGCAGGCUUGAGUGUCUUGCGUUGGGCUUCUGUGUCCUUUCCUUCCCCCUGCUGUAGAAUUGGACAAACCCCAGCCAUUGUAAUCAGAAAAUUGCCAAAUAUGGGGUAGGGGUUGUGGAAGAUGAGAAUAGUAGUGGCUUCUUUCUCCCCUCACUCCACCUCUUACCACAGUUCACCCCGCAAAAAGUUCCCUCUUCCUUCUUUCAUGUGCCACAGAUUAUUUUUGGAAAAACUCAGGAAUUGCUAAUCUAAGGGUAGAAUCAAAAGUUUGAGUGUACAAGCGGGGAAAAAGAGAUAAUACCAUAAGCACACAACAAUGUCCUCUGUGCUUGUUUUACGCAUGUAGUCUUGCGGCUGCUUUGCACAGCAGAAAGAGUGAUGACAGAAGCAAAGGUGUAAAGUGCUGUUGCUCUCAUAAAAUAAAUCUCUUGGGUUUCUUAGGGAGGCACACACCUGGCCUGGUCUCCAUUCCUUACUUGGCCCUGUGAGAUGCUCGUGUUCCUAAAGAGUCUGUGCUGGAUUUCAAAUUCUCAUCCUUUCUGUUCUAUAACCUGAAAAAGAGUCAUCUUGAAGAGUCUUUUGUUAUACCACAGCAAGGACUGUCUGUCCUCAAAUAUUUUAUCAGCUAAUCUUUAAGGUUUAGUUAUUGUGAAAAUGCGUAUUAACUUGGUUCUUCCUGGUCAAGUGACUUUCUGUAAUUUUGAGGGUACCUCAUCCUUAAACUGAAGGCAAAUUAAUAUGAGAUUACACAAAAGGAUAGUGGUGAAUCUGAAAACAAAAGCAAAAUUACAAAAUCAGCUCACUAAUAACUGUGGGCAGGCUUUUAUCCCUUUUUCUUUCAACUUCACAGAACUUGCACGUCACACAGCCUGCCUUCUGAAGCAGACUUCUUGCUGGAAAUAGGAGUUUUUUCAUCAAAGCUACUGAAGCACCUGGCUUGCUUUAUAAACUCCCCCUCCAGAAAACACCAGGCAGCUUAAUUUCUUUCUGCAAUAUUUCUUGUGCCUGCAUAACUUGGUAAAUGCACAAGUACAAAAGGGAGGGAUUUAGGGAACAUUUCCCCCUGUUUUAACCACAGUUUCUCUGGUCGGUUCCAUAACUACUGUGGCUGUACAGCCUGCAGGGGUUUUGGUAACGUGCGUGUGCCAUGCAACGUGCAGGAUGCAAUAACAAAUGCAAAUUGUUACAAGUGCCAAACUUUUGGUUUCCUCUGUAUAUAACAAUAAUUCAACUGUUCUAGUAAAAUACAGAGAUGCUUAAAAUUCACUGUGUUCCAAAAAAGAGCAAUGUUUUUUUUUUUUCUAAAACAAAUGCUAUUGAAAACACUGUAAAUCUUUUUUUUUUUUUUUUUUUAAAUACUGUUCUGCAGGUUUGUGAUACUCUUCACAGCUGCCUUGAGACAUCACUCUGUGUGAUGCAUAUGGACACUUUGCUCUUUAUUAGAGCAUUAGUGCCAUGCAAGUAUAUAGCAAAUGGCAGCUGACAACAGGUUUUAGUAUUUAAAAUUAUAAAUAUUUAGAUAAAGUGCAAUUUGUUUGAAGUAAUCUUACCUGCAGAAGGAAAGCUGUGUCUUGGGAAGUAUGACUAUGCCCAGGGACACAAUCAUACAGAGGAUUGUAACUAAGGUAUGUUUUGGUGCCGCUCGCAGCAAUGCUUUCCAAGGAGUUCUAUUUAACUUGGGGUAUGGAUCCUUUCUGACUCUAACAUUAGCAUCAAAGUUUUGGGGUUCGUGUUUUCUUAACUCUUUGGAGUGCUUAAACAGCCUCUUCAGGUGGGUAGGAGGGGUGUUCAUUAUAUACAUGUUUGUUUUGUAGUUAGUAGUUACUAUUUCCAUCUUGGAGUAUUUCCUUUUACCGUUAAGGAACGAGUACAGGCCUGUGUUUCAGUCGUCAGUGCUGUAGCCUUUUGACAUUUGCCAUUUUCUGUUGCUCUUCCUCAUUUGUUAUUGGAGUUGAGAGCUACAUCAGAAGGGUCUGUGUUUCCACGUCACGCUACUUGCGAAAGAGAAGAACUUUCUGAUCACUUGAGAUUGGGAAGAUGAGCCAGUAAAAGCUGACUUGGAGAUACCACUGUAAAGCCAGUAAGAUUUGGGCGAAGCACCCCGUGUUUUCUGUAGGGGUCACACCCGCGUGCUCUGAAGUUUAUUGAUAGGUUGGGCACCUGCUGUCCAGCAUCCCUGUAGUUUUGGGGGUUGUUUUUUUCUGGGAAAUUUCUUACUGUAGGAAGGAUUGUAGCCAGGCUUUAAGGGGACGUGUCUGGUCAGCCAUGCCCUAUAUGACUCUCUAAUCUAACUGCUGUAGUACUCCAGCAACCAAUUCUCUCAAAUUUUAGAUUAACAGGUAAGCUAAAAGAAUAUAAAGUCCUGUGAAGUGCCUAACUAGAUAAGGAUUAAGGGUAAUAGGAGAAUUAAACUAUAAACUGCUACCCGCAGGUGAUUAAGUUGUAAAUUUGUUGGUGAUACAAAAUCUUAAAGAUAUUUUUGGAAACGGCUUAUUCAAGGUAGCUGCUUAUUAGUUAUAAAAAUAAUUAAAAUACAUAAAAAUUUGUUUAGAAUAAUAUUUGAAGGUUAUUUGAAAUGAUCUAUUGAAAUGUCCUCAAAGUGAGCUAGAAGACUGGAACUUUUCAGUGUAAAAGGCUAAAUCUUGUUGCCCAGUAUUUUUGCAGGGUUUCAUGUGAAUAACAAACACCUGCCAGAGCGCAUCAGUAAAUGAACAUGCUCAAUGCCAUUGCCUACCUAUGCCCUUGAAUUUUCAUAAUGAAAUGAGACUAUACUGAGCCCUUGUAAAAGCUGAUGGAUCUGAUUUAAAAUAAUAGGAUGGAAAGAAACAUCCCCCAUGUAAGUAACAUUAUUUUAUUGAUAAAACAUGAAAAUGUAAUUUUUUUUUUUUUAAAUACUAGGUACUUUUGAAUCACCACCUAAUGUCCUUGAUUUUUUUUUUUUUUUUUUUUCUGUGCCUUUGCUCAUUACUUUCUUUUCAGUUAUUGCUAAGACACUCUGUUUUUGUCAAGGGCAAGUUUCUUUAAUCUGUAGUUCUAAACCCCAGUCAAAGCCUGAAGGAUACCAUUUAAGCAGGCUGUACAGUGGGCUGCUUUUACAAGUAUAAUUUCUGUGCAUUCUGUUAGCAUGCUGCUACCUCUACUAGUUUCAGCAUAGAAAAAAACUUGUAGAAAAAUAUUGCACCUAAUGAAAUGAAGAGCCAUUUUGAAAAGUGUAAAUUUCAAUUUGCAAUAGGCAGCAGGCUACAAAAACCUUACCCCUGUCUGCUUGAGAUCCUCACGUUAAUGAUCUCUAAUGCUAAAUCUUCAGCUAGGCAGCAUCUGUUUUAUUAAUUUACACAUGAUAGCAGGAAAGCAUUUUCAUCCUUGUUGUUUGUUUCACAAUUUUCAGGUCUUAAAAAGUGAAGUCUGCUUAAUUAUUAGAAUAACUAAACCAGUACACCGGAGUAUCUGGCAAGGUGUUCAAGUUGAACGGAGCUGACAUUCUUUAAAGCUCUUGUUAAAGUUUCUCUCUGAAGAGAAGCCAAUGGCGUACCCUCUUAAGAAAUACUUUCAAACUCUUUCAGCACUAGUCAUAAACUAGUCCAAAGGUCUCUUCUGGAUUGCUUAGAGAAGCCAGGAUCUGCUCUAGCUUGGGGAAAGAGCUGCUUUUGUUUGCUUGGGGAAACAGCUGCAAAGUCAAUUUUAAGUUGUUGUGUUGUUUUUUUUGUUUUUUUUUGUUUUUUUUUUUACUCUCCAACUUCCAAAACCUAAUGAUUUUCUUCUUGUAAUUGAAACUUUUGUAUUUAAGGGUCUGAGACUGUAUUUUGCAAUGUAUGGUGAGUAUUCUAUCGUAGUUUAAUGGAUGUAAGCAGCAAGCUGUAUUCUGGUGGACUCCUAGAAGGCAGCAUUGCAGUGUUAAGGAGGAAGGAAAAGUAUCAGUAAAACAAGAUUUCUCCUUAUAUUGCCCAUGGCCUUGCUGUGUGUAUCUGAUGGGGCAAGAGGCUGGUUUUGGCACAGAGCUUGUGUAAUUGCCACCCCUUGCUGCCCUCAGUUGGGACGUUGCCCAGCUGCAGACACGUUGAGUGCCGGAGGACCCGAGGCUGUGUCUGGCUGAGAAUUGACCCCCAAAGCCCUGUCAGACCAGGGGACGCGGAUUCCUGGGCGUACCCCACGCGUAAUGCUGCUUUCUGGUCUCCGUUGUUUUGUCUUCUGCUCUUAUUAACAGGAUUUUGCUUUCACUCUUGCCCCAAGCUUACUUUUGAAUGCAUUGCUUUCGAUGAUGAUCGCUAGGAAGAGCUCCUGUGCGUUGGAGGACAUCCAUGCAAACUUGAUCUUUCUGUCUACUGGCUUUUUGCACAUCUCUGCAUCCUUUUACUCCACUCAGUGUAUGCGCGGGGAGGCCUUGAUACACGAUGAAAUUACUUUUUCUUCAAGUUUGUAAAACUAAUGUCAGCAGAUUAGAGAUCACCUGAACCUCUGUAAGCAGUGCUGUAGGUAGGGCUUGUGUAGCCCACUCCCGUGUCUGUGUGUUACUUGUGGCUGGAAGUCUGCUGCCUUGUCCGUGGGGAAAAGCCCCUGUUCCCAGCUACCUCAUUUUUUUUCUUUGCACUUUGUCAAAUCUUUUUUCUUUUCUUUUUUUAAAAAAAUUGCAUUUUGUCCUUCAAUAAAAAACUAAAAGCAGGCAAGAAGCAGGGCAGAAUGAUGCCAUUGUCCAAGGACAGUUUACUUUAAUUUCAUUUUAAAAGCAUGUUUCUGUACAAAAAGACCAAGGUUGACCUGCAGCUGCUGUAAAAAGUAAAUAAAAAUGUAUAUUACUUGAAAGUAACUAUUAUACUUGUAAAUGAGAGAGACAAGUGAAAGACUGUCCUGACAAUUUUUAAAUAGGAAAAAAUCUGUUUAAAAAAUAGAAGUCUGCUCUUAUAAAGACAGAUCAGAUAGUUUUCUCUCUGCUUCUACUCUGUGCUGUGUUUCCUAUGAAUUUGAUCCGUUAUCUUAAUAGGGAGAUUCAGUGGUUGUUCUAUAAUGUCUAGUCUGGAUUUUUUUUUUUUCCAUGGAGUUCUGCAUUUCCUCACCUACAGAGGAGAAACUGUGCACAAAAAUACCCAUCUUCUGUACCUGAGAUUAUAUAUUUGCCCAUUUCUUUGACCUCUUCAAGUAUGCAAGGUUUUGCUUAGCUUGAAGAAUUUAAAAGGAAAAAAAAAAAAUUGUUUUCUUCUGCUUCUGAAGGUGCUAUUACACUGUGCUUGACUUCUUAAAGUACCAGUGUAAGCUGAUAAUCAGCUUGUGUUUGUUCUCUAGGUUUGGUUUUUUUGAGUAUUCAAUCCUUUUUUGAAACAACAUGCCUUUUCAUAAAGACAGCUUCCAAACUGUAAAAGGCCUUAAUAAUACAAAAUAUAAUAGGGAAAUGCUGCCUUUUUUUCUUUCUUUGCAGAGGUAAAACCAAGAAAUGCUUCAUGGGGAACAUUUUCCUCUAAAAUUUUAAGUAGCAGCUCAUAUUAACUUCGAAUUAAAUGUAGCAAACACUUCACUGGCCGCGCACAAAUAGUUAGGGAUAAAACAAGGAGCUAUUCAUGCCUCUGCGGACUGUACUAGUUAGUUGUUAAUUCCAGAGCCUUCUCUUGGCAUCAUGGUGGCUACUCCAUAAAUAUUAAUCUUCUUGGGCUCGGUCCCAGGACCUGGCUGUGUGGCGUCCCCUGCGUGUCUGGGACACACCAACCCCUGUGCCUGUCGGAGCACCUGCAUGUCGGGCCAGGGACGGGUUUUGCCUCAGCACUUGCCUGCUCAGCCCUUUUUUGAGGCACCUUUUUAGGUGGCUGCCAAGGUCUGUUCACCCCGGAGGGUUUAGCUGCCCCGUGCCGAGGGUGGCCAGAAGGUGGAAAGAGGGAAGCUACCGACCGCUGCCAUCGCUUGGUAGAUCUCAGGAGAUGGCUCUUGUAAUUAGGGAGCUGAAUUUUAGUCCUGUGUAGGAACUUUGUUGUCAUCCUUGUUGAGCUGUCUUAAGUUUUGCUUAAUCUGUAUCAUCAGUUUGGUUUAGGGAUUUGAUAACUUAACAUUGCUAGAAGUUUUCAUUCUGUGGAGGACAUAAAAAGCCCAUGCUCCUGCCCGGUCUGAGGCAGCAGGAAGGGUCAGGGGGGUUGAUGUUUGAAAUUGUCCCAUCUCCAGACAUCGGGUUACUGCUUUUUUUGUAGGCUUCACUGUCCCAGUGGUGUAGCAUUUCUCAGUCUUGUUAAUCAAAGAGCCCUUUAGCCUUUUGAGAGGCAUCCAGAGACUGUCUUGUCCUGCUCCCACUUCACAUGUUGGGUGCUGCCCUCUGGACCAUCCUGACUUCUCCAGGAGCCACAGGCUGGUGGCCUUCAUGAAGAGUAUCUGUGUUAUCUGCAGCACUGUCUGAAAAACAGCCAAUAAAUGAGGGACCAUGGAGAACCCUACUGAGCUUGCAAAUCCUUAAUCCUCUUAAUUUAGGGAAGACUGAAGAGCAGCACCACUCAUUGCCAGGCCUGUGCCCAGAGUCUGAGCCUUGCAGCUGCGCCCUGGCAACACGGGUAAGGAUGAGUCCACCCUGUCUCUUGCAUAGGGGUAAGAUAUAUAAAGGUUUAUGGGCUGAGUGCUUUAGGAGAUCUAAUAUUUUACAUUUGUUCUGUUUAAAUCUGAAACUAUUGGAGGCUCUGGAACUAUUUCUGCAGGGUGGAACAGCAAGCAUUGGCCUAAGUAACUGGGGAGCUCCUGGCUACCUGGUUUUCCCCUCCACUUUUUUGAGAAAACAGAAGUGUGUAACUGCUCAGUUUGUAUGCUUGCUGUUUAAUAAUCUGAAGUGGGAACCUGACUAACUGAGAUUGCCUUCAAAAGGAAAAAGCAAACUUAAAACAAUUUCUUCACAUCAGGUGAUGUACCUUCAGAGUUUUGCCUCUGUAAACCAUGUUUAUUGAGUACCAUGAAUCUUGUAGGAUUGGACUAAAGAAUUGAAAUACAUAUUAUAUGAAUGAAGACUAAUAUGCUUAGUCUGACUUUGUACUGUAAAAAUAUUUUGUUUUAGUAUAAGAGAAUGAAAUAACAACAGCAAUUAUAUUGAUGAAUCCAGUUAUGGUAUCUGUAUUCCAUGAGCCAUGUAAUAGGAGAGUGUUGGAACAUAAUGCUGCAUCGUUUUUGCUCUUGUAAAGGUUCAUUGUUCUGUCAGAUAUAAGAUCUUGAUAAUUACCAGGAUAUUGUCAGAAUAUAUUGCUGCUUUUUCUACAAAAAAAUAUGUCAGUGUGGUCAGUAGGAACACUCACCUGGUCUUGUCUACCACCCCUGGCAUGCAGCUUGACAGCAAGGUUUAUUCCCAUCAUCCAGCUGUCGUGCUUUGACUUCUGUAUUGCAGGUAUGUUUGCUGUAAUGGGCUUUUUAUGUGCGUAUGCUUUUUGUGGGUCUUUUUGUGCUUUGUGUGGGAAUAGAUUUUGCUUUUAUUUCCUUAUGUACCCACCCCAAAAUCUUCCUGUAUUGCUUUAGAAAUGAAUCCACGAAUCACUUGGGGCCAGGCUUUGGAAUGCUCUGACCUGAGCCUGUUGAGUUACUUCUGUUAAAAACAGGGAAAAAUAAGACGUAAAUGCUCUUUGACCUCAACCAAACUAUGCAAUAUAGCACAUCAGAGAGCUGAAUUCCUUGUGAUACAGAAGAUCCACGGCUCUUGUGUCCUUCCAAAUCCAGUCCUUGGUCCAAGGUUAGGAGAACUUGUACUCAGUGGCUGCCCAGGAAUCUUGCCUCCAAAUCAUCUCUUGUUCACUGGUUUUCCUCCUUCCCCCCUGCCUUGCCCAUCGGUUUGUUAGGUGUUUUGGCUCUGAACAAUGUGCUGUCCAAGUGUAUCCCUCCUGUCAGUCUCGUAUUGUCGAUCGGAGCUUGCCCUGUAACCCCGCCAGCGUGGCUUACCCGCUGGAGGGACUUAGGGGCCACUUCCCGACGUUUGCAUCUCUCUGCUCCAGAGCAUGUUGGGCGGUUUGGGUUUGCUGUGCCCCUCCGGGCAGAUGUAGGUCUUGCUUUUAUGUUCCUGUGCUGUUCAGUUGUGGGUCUGGUGCUUACAGUAAAGAAUACCUGUGAUGUCUUAAAUCCAGUCCAAGUCAGUUUUCAUUUCCACCACUUAUGCGUCUAUAUGUGAGUUUGAUUUUGCUGCUUCCGUGGCAAUUCCGGGAUAAAUGCCCACGUGGUCAGGACUGCUGGUAAAGGUUCUUUGUUCUCCUGUUGCUUCGGUUUUCCAGUGAAGCUUGUUCCCUGUGUUCCUCUUCUUCCCCCUAUUAAAUACUAAUAAAACCAGUACACUGUUUGCCCCUGGCUCUACACCCCAUGAGUAGCUCUUCUCUACCAGUUGAUCAUGUCUUCCUACCUGUACAUGCAUUCUUCUGAGUAGUUUGCCUGUAUUUGUCAUUUAUUUAACCCACUUUGUUCCCCAUAUGGUUUCUCCCUCCUGACUCCAUUUACUAUUUUGUCUUUCUUUAAUUCAGGUUAACCUUGAUUUAUUUCUCUGAUUUCAAAAAGGGAUUUCGGUGCAUAACACAGGAGACGAACAGAAAAUCUCUCUGCAGAUGUCUGUGUCAUUCCCUUCCCGGCACAAACAGUGUAAGGGGUUCAGCCUGGUCCAUUCCUAACCCCAGGUUUUCCUAGUGCUAGGCAGAACAAAGGCUGAAGGCGUUUCUUAUUUCUUUUGGUAAUUGAAAAUAUUUGGAGAUUUUCUUCUUUGGCAGUAGCCACUGCAGAUGAGCAGCUGGCAUGCAAGAGGGUUGUUAUGCUUCCAUAUUCAGUAUUUUUAAUUGAGGAACAAAUAAUUUAUUUUGGGGAAAAAUGUAAAUUUUUUUGUAUCUGUAUGUCAAAGUGGCCUUUAUAGGAAAAGCACAUAAAAUAUUUCGAAUAAAAUUGCUUAGUUGUGUAAUUUUAGUGGGGAUUUUUGUAUUGACAGGGUUUCUAUGCAUUUUUCAAAAUAUACUUGCUGUUUUGUGUUAGAAUUAUUAGAAAUAUUUUUAAAAACGUGUAUUACCACAUUUUCCAUGGUUGAUCCCUUUACUAUCAUUCCUUUUGAAUACUACAAAGAUUUUAAUUAACCCUGUAAAUUAAUUUUCCCCCACAAAUAUUUGCAUUAAGUCAAUAUAAUGAGUUAUAGCAUGGGUAUGUAGCUUUAAGGGAAUAAGAUUAGUAGUGUAGCUUAAUUAUGGAGAGACCUUUUUGGAGGAGGGCAGUACACAGUGUUUCAAUUGCACUUAAAAGACUAAAUUAGCAAAUUAAGUUUUUGCUGUACCUCACUGGGAUUUUUAAAACUCUGUCCAUCCUAUACUGUUUACACUUGAGCAUUAUUUAAAUAUGUACUAUCAGUGCAGUAUGCAAUUCUCCUUCAUUCUGUCGGGGUAAUACUAAUGUUAACAGAUAUGAAAAGUUUCAGAAAGUGUGUGGUAUAUUAAUGGAUAUGACAUGAAUUUGGGGGAGGGAGGAGAGGUAAGUUAGAUCCAUUAGUGUAUUUUUCAGUUUAAUUAUGCACACAUUUUCACAUUAGCUGAGACUAAAGUAACUGAACUUAGAAUUGAAUUAUAAGUAAAAUUAGUAGUUUGGGGGGUAGAGGGAAACAAAGAAGGGAUUUGCAGAACUGCAGACAAAAAUACCCUUUAGUUGCACUGCAGUGCAAUUGCCUUGACUGCCUAUGCAAAGUAUAACUUGUGUUUGAUACAUCAGACACUUCUGGUACUGCUCUGAUUUUACCUUCUCUUCUCGAGGUGUUAUUUAAAGGCUUGCUAAGUAGAACCUCUUUGGGAAUGUUUGUCAACUGAUACUUCAGUUCUAUCAUUUUAUGUUUGUAUUUUAAUUUUUGUUCUUGUUUCUGUUCCGUAAGAGAUCCCACAUCUUCAUAGGUUAGUGUAAGUGCAAGCUUUUAGGCCUAGUAACAAACAAGCAUUGCAUGCUACCAUGUAUUCUCAUAAUUGAAGAAAAAUGUGCAAUUUUAAUGGCACUUUGACCUAUUGCUGAAACACUGGGUUUUGCAAUGGAACAAACUCUCAACAAUUGAAAACACUCUGUGUCUACAUUAGAUGUCUUUGAAAGUGAAGAAAAAGGCAGUUACUCCAGUUGUACCCACAGAUAAAUUUGGUAUUGAUUUUUUUUUUUUUUAAAGACUUUUAUGAUCUGUUAUUAGAAAAAUACACAUUUCUUGGUUUACUUUAGUUGCCAUAAUUGCCCAGUGCAGAGUCUGGUCCACCUCCAUCUAUUUAUUUUCAUGGAGUAGUUGCACAUAAAAUUGUAACAGCAAAGCAGAAAAGCUGUUUGGUUACUUACUGGUAACCUCCCUUGCAGAAUUGCCUUGUGGCUCACACACGAUACGAAAAGGGACACAAGAAUUUUCCUGGAUUAAGUAGCACUCGCUUCGUUUACGUGUUCAGUAUAAUGUUGGGUGGCUAAAGGGAGGUUCCCUUUUUAAAGUAUUUGACUUGUGCUUUGGGGACUUAGUUGCCACUGUGCAAAUUGUGCUGUAAUAAUUGUACCAAGGAUCAGUGGAAGUGUUUUAUCUUUUUUAAUGUUGUUUGUAUUUGACCGGGUUUUAUAAAUGUAAGAAAACAGAGUGUUGUAUUUUGAUCUGAAAUUUGCGUAUGGUAAAAGUAACUUUGCUUUAUGUAUUGGAGGUUUGUUCAGAACUUGAAUUAUUUUAUAGAAGGGUACAGACCAAAAUUAAUUGUCUUAAAGGUGUUUAAUAAACUAACCAAAUAAAACAUUGAUGGUUUGAAAA